GCAAUAUACGAACCAGCUAAAGAAUCGAGUAACAUCACAACCACCGGCGAAGAAGAAGAAAAAGAAGAAGCAAUGGAUUUCUCUCUCCUUACAGACGCAAUGUCGUCCCAAUCGUACGAGAAGAUCGCUGACAUCUGCGACGAUCUCAUGCUUCAGGCUGCAACCGAGGGCAUUGCCUUUCAAGACGAAUGGCCUUACGCGGUUCAUCUUCUAGGGCAGCUUUACGUCGAUGACAUUAAUAGUGCUCGAUUUCUGUGGAAGUCGAUACCUUCGGCCAUCAAGGAGGGCCGGCCAGAAGUGGUGGCAGCAUGGAAUCUAGGUCAGCGGUUGUGGAUGAGGGACUAUGCUGGCGUGCAUGAGGCUAUCCGCGGAUACGAUUGGAGUCUAGAGGCUAGAGACCUUGUGGCCUCAUUCUCAGAACUUUACACCAAAAAGAUGUUUGAGCUACUGCUGUCUGCUUAUUCGACAAUUAGUGUUCAAGAUACAGCUCUCUUCCUGGGAAUGAAUGAGAAUGAUGCUACAAGCUAUGUGCUCCAACAGGGUUGGGAAGCAGACCCGGCUUCGCAAAUGCUUACUGUGAAGAAACAGCCUGUUGUAACAGAGCAGAAAUUAGAUCCCGGCAAAUUGCAGCGCUUAACUGAAUAUGUCUUCCACCUUGAACAUUAAUCAAAUACUAGAGAAUUCAAAAUGUCUUCAUCUUGUUGGUUCAGCCUUUUUUACUUCCGAUGAUGGAAUGACGGGAUAAAUGCAAUUGAAGAUGUUUGGAUUUUCUUGUGCCCCAAAUGCAGAAAUCGGAUCCUUGAAAUAUUGAACACCUUUAGCCCUACUUAAAUAUAGAGGUAGCAAAAGCCAAAAUAUGUUUUUAAGGAUUCUGUUGGCGAAGAUCAUUGCUGGUUGAAUGCAAUUGCUUGAUUUUAUUUAUUUUAAUUGAAUUUGUGUUAUUUUGUCAUUGUGAACAAUUUUGAUAGGAUGGAGGCAGAGAAGAAAAUUCUGUA